CACGGGCUCCGGCCGCCAUUUUGGCUGAGCAACCAUAGUGACAGGAGCCGAAGCAGCCGCUCAGGUUGUCCCGGCUUCCCCUCCCCCUUCCCUCUUCCGGCCGACUUCCCGGGCCCUGCCCUGCACAGUCCCGAUCCUGCCAUGUCCCAGAAACAAGAAGAAGAGAACCCCGCGGAGGAGACGGGCGAGGAGAAGCAGGACACACAGGAGAAAGAAGGUAUUCUUCCCGAGAGAGCUGAGGAGGCGAAGCUAAAGGCCAAAUAUCCAAGCCUAGGACAAAAGCCUGGAGGCUCCGACUUCCUCAUGAAGAGACUCCAGAAAGGGCAAAAGUACUUUGACUCAGGAGACUACAACAUGGCCAAAGCCAAGAUGAAGAACAAGCAGCUGCCGAGUGCAGGACCAGACAAGAACCUGGUGACCGGUGACCACAUCCCCACUCCACAGGACCUGCCCCAGAGAAAGUCCUCACUCGUCACCAGCAAGCUUGCGGGUGGCCAAGUUGAAUGAUGCUGCCUGGGGCUCCACCAGAUCGUGAGACGCUGCCCACUUGGGUCCUGUGCUGGCUCCUGCCCCUCCCUGCUUUUGCAGCCAGGGGUCAGGAGGUGGCCUGGUGCAGGCUAGAGAGGCAGAGAUCCCUUCCCACUGGUGGGCGUCCCAGCACACAGAGCCCCUGGGGUUGAGCACCAAGACCUUGAACUUGUUGUUGUUGUUGUUUUGCCUUUUUUUUUUUUUUUAAUUUUUUUAUUUCAAAUAACUGUUGGGAGAAAACUCAUUGAAAUCCCAAGGGUGGGGUUGAGAGGAUGGAGCGAAGAUGUGGGGAAAGUGAGCUAGGGAUUGUAAUUGUUAAAAAGACUUCCUGUCAUUCUCCUUAGCCACAGGGCUGAUAUGGGGUGGUUUUAAAGUGAAGGGAUUGUCAGUAGACUGAUGAUAAGAGCUUCGUUCAGCUCCAAAGAGAGAUGCAUUAUAUGAAUGUGGCCAGUGACCUGGUGUCAGAAAAGGAAUUUUGCUCAUUACAGCAGUUGUGGUCUUCCUGGUUCUGCAGAGAGAGUGGAGGGUUCAGUGUGAAUUGUUCCUUUAAAAAAAAAAAAAGUGCUGUCCUUGAAACAGGUUGCUACGGGGAGAAGGGCAAUGAGUGGGGCGCCCCACAGAGCCCUGGGGAAAUUUUUCAGUAUUUGAAAUAAAACAACAACAACAACAAAAAAUACCCAUGGAAAAAAACCAAAACCAGAAA